CACACAAUACAACUUUCAAUUUCUAUAUUUUACCAAAUAAUGGCUAAAUUGAUAUUGUAUGUCAACAUGAUGAUAAGCAAUAUAAAUAGACCUAUUUUUGUAUGGCAGAGUCACAUUGUCUACUAGAAUGUCCAUUUUUUGUUUAGUCUGCGUGUACCUGUUACUUUCACGUGACCAAGUUGUGUUUUGACAUUUUGUAUUGCAAUAUAUUUUUGCCUAUUGUAUUCGUAUUCAACACACGAAUAAAAAAAGUUCAUCUGUGUCACAUGCUGCAAGUUACAUCCGGGGAUGCAGCUUUUACCAGGGUACAGAUAUCAAUCACAUAAAUGCGCAGAGUUUGUAAAUGACAUUAGCGCCGCCUCGCUCACAGAAACGGUCAUCGUUGCGGCUUUGCACGAAUGGCGAUGGCGCUUGUUCAAGAAACGGAAUUAGACGAGUUAUCAAGCGUCAUGGUCGGUCGCCAGCGUUUGACGUUCGAGAGGCAACUCGACUUCGUUCUCCAGUGGUGGCAAGAGAUGCAUUCCCUGCAAGUUUGUAGGGCUCUUGAACUGCUUGUUCGUCACUGCCAAAACAAGGAAAUGAGAUUUCUAUCAACUGUGCUAGAACCCACAUAUCACCGGGACUUCCUGUAUAGUGCACAGAGGAGGCAUCCUGAGAGAGAGUUCUUGCCGGUCUCGACCCCAGCGACUCGAAAAGUUCGAAGCAGAUUGCAGAACUCUCUUCGUCCAGAGCAUCGGCUGUUGUAUAGACCUCAAAGCAUGGUAUUUACCUCUGUGGAAGAUGUAAGGCAAUUGACUCUACGACAUCGAUCUCCAAGCCCAUCAGCUUUUUGUCAGUCACCCGAGGAUAAGCAAUUGUCUCCUUCUCAAGCUCAAAGUGCUGUUGGUUUUAAGAAUGUUACUCAUACUGAACGUCGAGCAGCGUCAUCACUAUUGGUUGAACGUCCCAGGAUGUCUUGUUUGUCUGUCGAUGGAUUUUCUCCAAGAAGAAAUGUUCAGUCGGCUCCUCCUUAUCGUCGUCAUUCAGCAAGUCCAGUGAGGCGGCACAUGUUUUCUCCAGAUUUCAAUGUAACUUCGGUUACCGCCGAGUUUUCUGUUAUUCGACAAACGAUUCAAUGGUUUACCUCAAGGUGGACAGACAACGAACGGCUAAUCGCACUGCGAGAGAUCCUACUGCUUCUCGACGAACACCAACUCUACUAUUUGUCAGGAAUCAUAGCAGUAACACAACGUCACGACUUGGUCUCACAACUUCCCGAAGACAUUGCCGUCAAAGUGAUGUGCUUCCUUCCUCCGAAAGAUCUUGUAGCCGUACAGAAAGUCAGUCGCAAGUGGUACCCAUUGGGCUCUAAUGAGGACGUAUGGCAGCAGAAGUGUCGAGAGAUUAUUCUAAGCGUUCCUAUUGGUAAAUUCAAUAGCUGGAAGGAGCUCUUCAGAUGCAAUGCUAUCACACAAGCCAACUGCAGGAAAGGCAAAUGCAGAGUCAAGAAAGUGAUGGGUCACACAGACGGGAUCCUUUGCUGCAAGGUGGAUGGAUUGCGGCUGGUGACGGGUAGCUUAGACAAGACGAUCAAGGUUUGGGAUGUGACAAGUGGUAAGCAUGUGUCGACUCUAGUCGGUCAUUUGCGUGGUGUUUGGUCUGUUGCAUUCCUCAAUCAGACUUUGCUUGUGAGUGCGUCUCACGAUCACACGAUCAAGAUAUGGAAUCUUCGAACGUCAACAUGCGAACGUACGGUGAUGGGACACGGUGGUCCUGUGUGGUCUGUUGCCGUUAAGAAGAAUAUUCUCGUGUCUGGAUCCCAAGACAAAGCUGUGUGCAUCUGGGACUUACGAAGUUGUAGCUGCGUGUGGAUGUUGACCGACCACGGUGGUCCUGUGUUUUGUGUUGAUAUUAAUGAAGAUGCAAGUCAGGCUUUCAGUGGGUCAGGAGACAAAACGAUUCGUAUGUGGGACAUCAAGAAAGGUUACUGUGUGCGAGUAUUGAAGGCCAGCUCGACGUUUUCUGUUAUGUCCAUAAACUACUCAAAGGGUUUCUUAGCAAGCUGUUCUGGUAAUGUAGUGUCCCUGUGGGACGCGAAGAAGGGACAACGUCUACAUACGUUUACGGAUCACAAGAAGAGGGUGGAAACAGUUCGAUUAUGUAUUGAAACAGGUGGUUGUGGGAAGUGGCAAGGAACCAUCGCGAGUGGUGGUAAAGACAUGAUGGUGAAAUACUGGGAUAUUAACAAAGUAUGCUGUCGUCAGACUUUUCGGGGUCACACGGACGUCGUCAGCGGCAUUCAUCUUGAUGGCUCACGCAUAAUCAGUGUAUCACACGAUCAGACAAUACGACAUUGGAACUUUCACACUACGCAGUAAUCGCGAAGUCAGCGGAGAGAUUAAAGACUACAUUUCUACCAUUCAGACAAAACCUGUCGCUCUAUUUAUUAAUGAUUUUAUUGUACUUGUAAGUAAGUCUGCAGUGAUUAUUUUAACAAGAAAAGUUAAUAUCAAACCAGCAGCAGC